AUGAUGCGCCUGGUGCUGCUCAGCUCUGCCCUGCUGCGCCAAGAGGAGGAGACCUCUGCUUUUGCUAUGGAACCAGCGGGCUUCCUUCUGGCAGCUUCCCUUACUCGUUCCUUGCUGCUGCUUUUGAGCCCCUGGGAAGUUUACCACCUGGACGGCCCGCUGGGCGGGAACCUGAAUCUCGCCUGUGAGCUUUGUGCCGUGCCCAUGGCCGCCUACCUUUGCAGGUCUUUGGGCCGUCGCGGCUUCUUCUGCGCCGGCCUGGCGCUGCUUCUGGGCUGCGUGGCCUGCGCCCAGCGCCUGUCGCUGGCAGACCCGGGCCAAGAGCACCUGGACGUUUUGUUCUCCUGGAGUCAGCUGCUGGACCUUGCGGUGGCAGUGUCUUUCCUCUGCCGCUGCGUGAACCUAUGGACGGAGGCCAAGGGUGCGUUCAUGGUCUUCAGCCUGUUUGAGCUACCUGCACAACAGCUGCUGGGUGCCAUCUUCAUGCUCUGCGCUUGGGGGGCUGCACCCUUCCAGGAGGUGGAUGGCAUCGUGGGCGCAGGCCAUCCUCUUCUCAUGAUGCAGAGCUCAUCCUUGGCAGAGGUGACUGUCUACUUGGUUGCAGCCGUGGUCUUCGUAUCCUCCCGUUCUUUCCAGAAGGACCAGCCAGCCUAUGUGCCACUCUUUGCUGAGCUCUAA